GCGGAAAGACUUCGGGGCCUGAUUCUGGCUCCGGCUCCGGCUCCGCCGCAGAAGGCAUGGGAUAGCUGGAGCUGCUGCCCACCGCCACUUGGGUUCUAACUGGAGAUACCCAAGGAUCCUGAAGUGGGAGGGUGGGCACUGGUUGUUUGGCCAGGCUGAUGGAGUUAAGCUAGGAAACAAGAGACUUGAAUCCAGUGACAGGAAACUGGAGCUUGGGUUUUGUGAGCUUUCCCAGAAACUCGUGGUAUCCUUUUAAAAAUUUAGGGAUGGGCUUUUUAAAGAGGAUUAACUGGAUUGGGAGGUCCUUACAAUGGCAUAAACAGAACAGGAAAACCAGAGCCCUCAAAAAACACUAAGGGUAGAAUGACGUCAUGGCCAGGGUGGGUGACGUCACUACAGGCCAUUACAGAACAGACUUGUCGCAGUGACAGCCUAACCUCGUGUGGGGCGGGGGAGGAGUGGGGGCCUUUAAAAGGGAUCCAGGCAAUAGGAAGCCGCAGCCCUGCGGUUGUGUGCGGUGGGGUGGCCUUUGGGUUCUUUGGGGAGGGUUCUGGUCCCUAAGUGGACGGACCUGCUCUCUUUAAGGAGCUGAAGUAGGCUGUGAGAGCUUGUGAUGGCACAGGUGGGGGAGUUCAGGAUUGGCUGACACUUAUGCCCCUGUCCCUGGAAGGACCAGGAAGAGGGGGGCAGGGGGUGCAGCCCUCCAGUUGCCAUGGCAACACCAGACUCCUUUGCUCCAUCUCUCCCCUGCUUGACCGUUUUAGAUGCUGUGAGUGAAGGGGGUGCCAUGGCAGAGGAGCGGCCCCCCCGGCUGGUGGAUUAUUUCGUGGUAGCUGGGCUGGCGGGGAACAGAGCACCCAUCCCCAAGGAGACACGGGUUCCUGAGCCCAGUGGGCCCCUGCGCCCUCCCCGGCCAGCUGACCCCAUCACAGACGUGGCCGUCAUCGCCAGGGCGCUGGGCGAGGAGGUGCCCCAGGGCUACACCUGCAUCCAGACUUCUGCAGGGGGCCACGCCUUGGAACUGAGUGCCGGGCUCCUGGGGGGGAACCAGCCCGCCAUCUGCUACCGCAGGGGGCACGACAAGCCACCCCUGGUUGAGCUGGGGGUGUUUUAUGAGGGGAAGGACCGACCCAAGCCUGGCUUCCACGUGCUCGACACGACACCCUACAGCCACUCGGCCAACCUGGCCCCUCCGGGCCCCGGGCAUGCCCGCACCUACCUCACUUACCGGCGGGCAGCAGAGGGGGCGGGGCUGCACGUGUUGGGCAUCACUGACCUCUGCCUGGUGCUGCCCAGCAAGGGAGAGGGCACGCCUCAUACCUACUGCCGAGUGCCCCGCAACCUCAACUCCGGCAUGUGGGGUCCGGCAGUGCACCUGUGCUACAAGGUGGGCCUGGCCAAGGGCAACACGCUGGUGUAUGAGGCCGAGCUGCUGGGCCGCUACCCGGAGGAGGACAACGAGGCGUUCCCGCUCCCGGAAUCGGUGCCCGUCUUCUGCCUGCCCAUGGGGGCCACCAUUGAGUGCUGGCCCGCCCAGACCAAGUACCCCGUGCCGGUCUUCUCUACCUUCGUGCUCACGGGCGCCGCUGGUGACAAGGUGUACGGUGCCGCCCUGCAGUUCUACGAGGCGUUCCCCCGGGCCAGGCUGUCGGAGCGCCAGGCGCGGGCCCUGGGCCUGCUGAGUGCCGUGGAACGGGGCCGCGCCCUGGGGGGCCGCGUGGUGCGCAGCCGCCGCGCCCUGGCCGUGCUGUCUCGCUGGCCUGCGUUCCCUGCCUUCCGGGCCUUCCUCACCUUCCUCUACCGCUACUCCGUCUCCGGCCCCCACCGCCUGCCCUUGGAAGCGCACAUCUCGCACUUCAUUCACAAUGUGCCGUUCCCCUCCCCGCAGAGACCCCGCGUCCUGGUGCAGAUGUCUCCCUAUGACAACCUGCUCCUCUGCCAGCCUGUGUCCUCGCCCCUGCCCCUCAGUGGUGCCAGCUUCCUGCAGCUGCUGCAGAGCCUGGGCCCCGAGCUGUCUGUUGCGCUGCUGCUGGCCGUGCUCACAGAGCACAAACUGCUGGUCCAUUCGCUGCGGCCAGACCUGCUAACCAGCGUCUGCGAGGCCCUUGUGUCGAUGAUCUUCCCACUGCACUGGCAGUGCCCCUACAUCCCGCUGUGCCCCCUGGUGCUGGCGGACGUGCUGAGUGCCCCGGUGCCCUUCAUCGUGGGCAUCCACUCCAGCUACUUCGAUCUGCACGACCCGCCCGCCGACGUCAUCUGCGUGGACCUCGACACCAACACGCUGUUCCAGACAGAGGAAAAGAAGCCCCUGUCCCCUCGGACCCUGCCCCGCAGACCCUACAAGGUCCUGCUGGCCACACUGACAAACCUGUACCAGCAGCUGGACCAGACUUACACGGGCCCCGAGGAGGAGGCAUCGCUGGAGUUCCUGCUGACAGACUACGAGGCCGUGUGCGGCCGCCGGGCCCGCCUGCAGCGGGAGGUGCAGGGAGCCUUCCUGCGCUUCAUGGCUUGUCUGCUCAAGGGCUACCGGGACUUCCUGCGCCCGCUCACCCGGGCGCCCUCCGAGGGCGUGCGUGACGUGGACAACCUCUUCCACCUCCAGGGCUUCCUCAAGUCCCGGGAACGCUCCACCCACAAGCUGUACUCCCAGCUGCUGCGCACGCAGAUGUUCUCCCAGUUCAUCGAGGAGUGCUCCUUUGGCUCUGCGCGGCAUGCUGCCUUGGAGUUCUUUGACUCCUGUGUGGACAAGGUCCACCCCGAGCAGGAGAAGCCUGAGCCCACACCCCUCGUGGAGCUGGAAGAGCUGUCGGGCAGUGAGCUCACGGUCUUCAUCACACCCCCAGAGGAGCCCCCGGUACCCGAAGGCAGUGAAGCUGCUCCCCAGUACUGCUACGAUGGGUUCCCAGAGCUUCGGGCUGAGCUGUUUGAGUCUCCUAAAGAGCAAGCGGGGCCCCUGCCUGUGCCAGGGCCGACCCACAGUGCCCCCAGCAGUCCUGCCCCUCGCCGAACCAAACAGGAGAUGAAGGUUGCACAGCGGAUGGCUCAGAAGUCAGCGACAGUGCCGGAGCUGUGGGCCCGGUGCCUGCUGGGGCACUGCUACGGACUGUGGUUCCUGUGUCUCCCUGCCUACGUGCGCGUGGCGCCCUCAAGGGUGCGGGCGCUGCACACAGCCUACCAUGUGCUGCGCGAGAUGGAGAGCCGCAAGGUGGUCCUUCCGGAUGAGGUGUGCUACCGGGUGCUGAUGCAGCUGUGCUCACACUACGGGCAGCCUGUGCUCUCGGUACGGGUCAUGCUGGAGAUGCGGCGGGCGGGCAUCGUGCCCAACACCAUCACCUAUGGCUACUACAACAAGGCUGUGUUGGAAAGCAAGUGGCCGUCAGGCACACCAGGUGGACGCCUGCGCUGGGCCCAGCUCCGCAACGUGGUCCUGGGGGCUGCUCAGUUCCGCCAGCCCUUGAGAGAUCGGCAACGGCAGCAGCAGCAGCAACAGCAGGCAGCAGCUCCCCAGGAGCCAAGCCUCUCCCAGACAGAGUCCCAUCCGCAGCGCCCGCUCCAGCGCCAGACCACGUGGGCCGGGCGGAGUCUGCGGGACCCAGCCUCCCCCACUGGGCGCCUGGUGAAGAGCGGCAGCCUCGGCAGUGCCCGAGGGGCACAGCCCACAGUGGAGGCUGGCGUGGCCCACAUGAUAGAGGCCUUGGGCAUCCUGGAACCCCGGGGGUCACCUGUGCCCUGGCAUGAUGGGAGCCUUUCAGACCUGAGCUUGACGGGGGAGGAGCCGUCAGCCCGAGGCAGCCCGGGGGGCUCGGUCUCGGCCCUGAGCACCCAGUCCGCGGAAGCCCUGGAAGGCCUAAGUGGGUGCGGGCCCAAGGCUGGCAGAAGCCAGGACGAGGUGGGCACCCCCCGACGAGGCCUGGGUGCCCGCCUGCAGCAGCUGCUCACGCCUUCCCGCCGGUCCCCUACCUCACACGUGCCCCUGGCUGAGCUGCCCUCCAACCUGCUUGCCCCAGCUCGCUGCAGCCCCAUGGACAGCCUGCUGCGGCCCCGGGAGCGCCCCGGAUCCACUGCCUCUGAGAGCUCGGCCUCCCUGGGCAGUGAGUGGGACCUCUCAGAGCCCUCUGUCAGCAGCCUGAGCCUCCACCGCUCCUCAGAGCACCUCAGCGACACGCCUGGACCCUCGCAGCCUCCCUCCCUGGAGAUUCUGCUGUCCAGCUGCUCCCUGUGCCAUGCCUGUGACUCCCUGGUGUAUGACGAAGAGAUCAUGGCUGGCUGGGCCCCUGACGACUCCAACCUCAACACGACAUGCCCCUUCUGCGCCUGCCCCUUUGUGCCUCUGCUCAGUGUCCAGACCCUUGACUCCCGACCCAGUGCCCCCAGCCCCAAGCCUGCCCUGACUGGUGCCGGUGGCAACAGAGAUGCUCCUGUCCCUGGGGGGCCUGGCCCUGUGCUCAGUGACCGCAGGCUGUGCCUUGCCCUGGAUGAGCCCCAACUCUGCAACGGGCACAUGGGGAGGGCCCCCCGGCGGGUCGAGAGUGGGGCAUGGGCAUACCUGAGCCCCCUGGUGCUGCGGAAGGAGCUGGAGUCGCUGGUAGAAAACGAGGGCAGUGAGGUGCUGGCCUUGCCUGAGCUGCCUGCUGCGCACCCCAUCAUCUUCUGGAACCUUCUGUGGUAUUUCCAACGGCUGCGCCUGCCUAGCAUUCUGCCAGGCCUGGUGCUGGCCUCCCGUGAUGGGCCCCCCCCGCCCCAGGCCCCCUCUCCUUGGCUCGCCCCUGACCCCACCUCUGUGCAGGUGCGGCUGCUGUGGGAUAUUCUGACUCCAGACCCCAACAGCUGCCCACCCCUGUAUGUGCUCUGGAGGAUCCACAGCCAGAUCCCACAGCGCAUGGUCUGGCCGGGCCCGGUCCCCACGUGUCUCAGCUUGGCGCUGUUGGAGUCAGUGCUGCGCCAUGUCGGACUCAACGAGGUGCACAAGGCUGUGGGGCUCCUCCUGGAAACUCUGGGGCCCCCUCCUUCUGGCCUGCACCUGCAAAGGGGCAUCUACCGUGAGAUCUUGUUCCUGAUGUUGGCCGCUCUGGGCAAGGACCACGUGGACAUAGUGGCCUUCGACAAGAAGUACAAGUCUGCCUUUAACAAGCUGGCCGGCAGCAUGGGCAAGGAGGAGCUGAGGCAGCGGCGGGCACAGAUGCCCACUCCCAAGGCCAUUGACUGCCGGAAAUGUUUCGGAGCGCCUCUGCAGUGCUAGGGACCCUUCAGCUGAGGAGGAAGGAUUCUAGAGAGAGCUGCAUUUCUUGUCCCCUUCACGGAAGAGUGCGGAACAGGCUGGGAGCCCUGUUCAGCCACAGGCUCCAAGCAUGGGCAGCAGGAAGGAGGACGCACUCUUACCAAAGGUCGCAAUUCUCCAUCUCCAGCCUGCCCAGUUGGUUCAUGCUGAUGGCGGGGGAGCCCUGGGGGAGCUGGUGCAGCUCCACUCCUCCCUGUCCUACUCCAGGAACUGCUCUCCAGGGCACCCACAGAUCUGCACUGCCGUGGUCAUUUGAGAAGUUUUUGUUUUAAAAAACAACUGGAAAGAUACAGAGCUGCUGAGCCUUCUCCCUGGAUGUGAGCGAGGGGUCUCGGCCCCGUCCCCACCAGUGAGGGCCCUCAUCCCUGCAUUGCUGAAGGAGCCCAGGCUCUCCACGCCUUUCUGAGUGCUUGUAUUUUAUUUUAAAUUAUUUAUUAUAGAGCCACAGCCCCCUUGCUUCUGAGAGAGGAAGCAAGGGAAGCAGGCAUCAUGGCUUGUAGCUCCCUGGAAGCUGGGCAGGGAGAGCUGGAGGGCGGGAGCCCCUGGGAAGAACCGGUGCCUCCCCGGCCUUCCUGCGCCUCUCGGGGCACCUCACCCACCAGGGCCCUGGCCAGUGCAAUAAGGGUCGUCCCUGUGAAGUUCUGUUGGAUGUAAAUACAGUAAAGUUGCUUCUGUCUUUUUC